CCCGAUGGUGGUCGAAACGUGAGCGACUGUUAACCAUGUUCGUUUGAUACUCUUUCGUUUUCAUAUCUUAAAACCAUGCAUCCGCUUUGAUCUUUUACAUUCUUCUUCCCUCUUUUUUGUUUAUUUAAAAUGGAAGAAAGGCAACAUAUCAACAUGUAUAAUUUAAAGUUUCUUUGUUCUAUUAUGCUACUGCGUUAGGUGCGUGCUUUUAAGAUGUGAGAACGAACGAUGGUGUACGAUUUUAAACAUUAAUUGAAACAUUAUAUAAAUAGUAGUGCAAAUUAAUAUCAUGAAAGCAAGUUUUAACAUCCUUUGAGAUCUUAUUUUGACGAAACUUAGCGAAAGGAAUUUCGAUUUACAUAGUUGAUAUCACAUUAAGUGUAAUAUUUGAAAGAUGUCAAGCGCAGUGUCGAGCAAAAUUGUAGAAACCCGAAUAUACGAUGGUCAAAAGCCGGGUACGUCCGGAUUGCGAAAAGCGGUGCGGGUAUUUAUGCAAGAACAUUAUACAGAAAAUUUCAUUCAAGCAAUAUUGCAAGCUCUAGAAGAACAAUUGCCUGGUAGUACGUUAGUUGUUGGUGGCGAUGGAAGAUAUUAUGGAAAAGAUGUGGUUAGAAAGAUCAUCAGGAUUGCUGCAGCAAAUGGAGUAAAAAGAUUAAUAAUUGGGCAAAAUGGGAUACUUUCAACUCCAGCUGUGUCUACCAUAAUAAGAAAAUACAAAACUCUAGGAGGAAUUGUUCUAACAGCAUCUCACAAUCCUGGUGGACCCAAUGCUGAUUUUGGCAUUAAGUUUAACUGCGAAAAUGGUGGUCCUGCUCCAGAUAAUGUCACAAAUAAGAUUUAUGAGAUUACUAAAGUGCUCAAGAAUUAUAAAAUUAUACCUGAUAUAACCAUAGAUAUAGACAAGAUACAAAGUACUACAAUUCAGGUGGAUGGAAAUCCAUUUACAAUAGAUAUAAUAGAUUCUGUGAAUGAUUACUUAGAACAUAUGAAAAAUAUCUUUGACUUUUCUAGUAUUAAAACAUUAUUACAAGGAAGUAACAAUCGUCCUCCUUUUAAAGUUCUUAUCAAUUCAAUGAAUGGAGUUACUGGUCCAUAUGUAAAACGAAUAUUUAGUAAUGAAUUAGGUGUCGAUGAUUCAAGUACUGUUAAUGCAAUUCCAUUAGAAGAUUUUGGUGGGCUUCAUCCUGAUCCAAAUUUAACAUAUGCCAAAGAUUUAGUAAGUGCUAUGAAAAAUGGUCCAUAUGACUUUGGUGCUGCUUUUGAUGGGGAUGGAGACAGAAAUAUGAUACUAGGCAAAAAUGCUUUUUUUGUUACACCUUCUGACUCUUUAGCUGUAUUAGCUGCUAACUUAAAUUCAAUACCAUAUUUUAAAAAGACUGGUAUUAAAGGAUAUGCUAGAUCUAUGCCAACAGGUGCUGCUAUAGAUAGAGUUGCAGCAAAAACUGGUGUUAAACUUUAUGAAGUACCCACAGGCUGGAAAUAUUUUGGUAAUUUAAUGGAUGCUGGUCAUCUAUCACUUUGUGGAGAGGAAAGUUUUGGCACGGGUUCAGAUCAUAUUCGUGAAAAAGAUGGAAUAUGGGCCUCUCUUGCAUGGCUUAGUGUAAUUGCAAGUCUUGGGAAGUCUGUAGAAGAUAUAUUAUUAAAUCACUGGCAGAUAUAUGGCAGGAACUUCUUUACAAGAUAUGAUUAUGAAAAUUGUGAUUCUGAAGCAGCAAACAAAAUGAUGCAACAUAUUGAAUCAGAAAUGGAGAAACCUGGGUUUGUGGGUUCAAAAUUAACAUCUGAAGGGAAAACAUAUGUUGUAAAAUUAGGUGACAAUUAUUCUUAUAUAGAUCCUAUUGAUGGAAGCCAAGCUAACAAGCAGGGAUUAAGAAUUUUAUUCCAAGAUGGUUCCCGUAUAAUUUACCGUUUAUCGGGUACGGGAAGUUCUGGAGCUACUAUUCGUGUGUAUGUUGAUAGCUAUGAAGAUGACCCAGCAUCUUUAAAUAAAGAUGCUCAAGACAUUCUUAAACCGUUGGUUACUAUUGCGUUAGAGAUAAGUAAAUUACGAGAAUUUACUAAUCGUGAUGUACCAACCGUGAUUACAUAAUACUAAUGAUUCUUGAUCGUUUAUCGUUGACAAAGAUAUAUAAAACAAAGAAAAAAGAGAUUGUUUUACAUUAUAAGCAACUUAAGUAAGAGAAAUGUCAUACCUUGUAUAAUGACAUUAUGAGAUGCAAUUAUUACGCAAAACAUCAUUGCAGAAAUAAGUGAAUCACAAGUUCGAUAAAAUUUUUCCUAAAAUUGUAUAAUAUAUAUAUAGAAUUGAAAUAAUAUUCAGUAAUAUUUUUAUGAUUUCGAUAUGAAAUAUUCGAAUAUUCAUCGUAGUAAUAGAACUUGUUUUAAUCAUAAAAUACUACAAAAAAAGUUUUAGUGACAUAAUUGAUAAUGUCGCGUGUACAACUAUUAGAUAUUAAAUAGCUUAACACAACACCCAAUAUUAUAAAAAUGAACGACAACGUAUUUCAUACUUUUUUACAUAAAAUUUUUCAAAUUUUCAUUUGAUUAUAAAAAUCUUUGAUAUGGUUGUUAUAUUCAAAAAUAGUUUACUAAAACGAAAAUAUACUUAUGCGUAGAAAAACCUAAAAGAAUGUAAAGGCAGUAAUAAAUCUAAGAUCACGCGUAUCUUUAUACGUGGAACUGUUGUUUGCCAAAGGUGUUCAAGCAUGCAUAAAGAUGGAAAUAGUUUAACCCUUCGUUAUUUGUAUAAUGUUGCAUAAAUUUACAAAAAAUGUUCGCUUAUGAUAAUUUGUAGGUUACAUUAAAUAUUAAUUUUACAACAGAAUUGUUUUAUAUUAUAAAAAAUAUUAAAUAUAUUUAAUAUUGAAUCUUUUUAUGUGUAAAGUAAUAAAGAAUCUGGGUAUAUGACAUUGUACAAUUUUUAUCGAAGGGUUAACAAAAAAAUAUAACUUCAAUCGUAAUUGAAAGUAGUAUGUUAUAUUAUUCAUUUUUAACUAUGUUUAAUUUGUUUUAUGAUUGUUCUUUUAAUAGGAUGGCGGUUGCUCGUUUUAAUGAAGUAGGAUUUGAAGUUUGUUAUAAAUUUCAUAACAUUGUUUUUAUAAUACUAUAAAAUAGAAAAAUGAUUUCUAUUAUUUCAAUCUAAUUUAUAUAAAUGGAGGCACAGCAUAUAACAAAAUUUAUAUAAAAUACUUUAUUUAAAAACAGUUGUAUCCAAUAUAAGUUAUACAUGAAAGAUGUAAAUAAUUGUAAAAUGUUAAUUUUUGUAAUCAAAACAACAUUUAUUUUCAACAAAAUAUGUUCAAAACAUAUGUAACUUAUUUUUUAUUAUCUAUAAUUGAUUUAUCAAAAUUCUAUAUUGUAAAAUACUUUCUAUGUAAAAAUGUUUAAAAGAUACAAACAUUAAAUCUCAAAAGUAAAUAUUUUUUAAAUAUUUAGUUUUGUAUAUAAAUAUCAAUUUCGUUCAAUGAAAAAUGUUAUUAGCUUUCUACGUUAUUGCUGUAUAUUUUUACUAGCCAUUCUUUAUAUUGAUAAUUAUUUCAAAUAUCGUCUAAUAUAAUCAUUUAGUUCUAUCUCUUACUUAUUUAUAUAGUGUAAACAAAAUAAUUAUGAUAUACAUUUUUUGUUCUAUCCUUUAAUUAUAAAACGAUAUAUAAAUUGAUAAAUUAAACAAAAAGCAGGGAUGCGUGUAGAAAGUGCUGUUUCAAAUUUCAAAUAAUCAUGAAAGAGAUAUUUUUCGAUAUCAUGAUUUAACGAAAUUUGAAAUUAUGAAUAUAUUAUUGUAGAUUGAAAAUUUCUGCCAAUAAGGUAUUCGGUACAUUAUAAUAAUAUCAUGUUAACGAUGUGGAAUAGAUAUAAUUUUUAACAAUAUUUCAUUAAAUGGAUAUAUAAAUGAUUUUUAUAUAAAUCUGUUUAAUUUUUCAAUUUUGUAAAAUAUGCCGAAUAUCUUAUUAAAAUUAAUUGAUAGAAUAGGGUAUGCCUAAAAAUUUGUAAAAGUAAAAUCAAUAAUAAGAUUGUGAAAGUAUAAGUGGAAAAUGCGAGGAAGGUAUAAAAAAGUUAAUUGGUACAUGUAGCCAAAAUUUAUAAUUGAUACGAAGCAACGAUAAUUCUGUAUGCGUUACUUCUAUUAAUGUAAUAUUUUCAAGUGUUUUAUUUUAUUUUUCUGUUUUCAAAUAUUAUAUUUGCAAUGGAAACGAAAGUAUGAAAUCGAGAACAUUGUUGAAACCUGAUUCUGAAAUUUUAAUUUAUGAGGGUAUCAAAUAUUCAUGAAAAGUGUAUCAUUCAUCUUACAUACAUUUAUUCACAUUCGCAUAUAAAGUUUUAAGUAAUGGCAGUAUGCAGCAAUACAUAUUUAUGGAAAUGGAAUGUAUCCAUAAAAUGAAAUUAUGAUACUGUAUUGAUAUAUUGAUGAAAAUGUUGAACACAUUGUAACUGCAGCACUUUUUGAGAAAAUUUCAAAAAGAAUUUUGUAAAUAGUUGAAGGAAGAGGGAGGAUACUUGGGUACCUGAGUCGACGCAACGCCCAUUCUAUUUCAUAGUUACGUCACAGAAAUAUGUGAAAAGAAAAGUAAUUCAUUUAUACUCCACAUCUUUGCCAUUUCAUUAUUAAUUUGCAUAACAUUGAUUACUGACAAUGAAUAGUAAUACAUUAAAGCAAAUAAGAUAAAAGUCUAAUACAACAAAAUUGAAAUAUAAUUAACAUGUAACUGCCCUAUCGAAUAUAACUGAGUUACUUUUUAGAUAAAAAGCUUCUCAUAUUUUAUGAUGUAACAUGAAUAUGUAAUAUGGUAAUGUGUCAUAGAGACCAGCAAUGACUGCCGAUUUUAAUGUAAAUUAACAUGUAACAUGUAUAUCAUAUUGAAAUACUAAUUAUUCAUUGUAGGUAUAUGAAUGAGUGGUUCUCCAUAAACACGUGAUCUUAGAUUUUAAACGAGCAAAGCUAUUAAUUGUCAAAUUAUCAUAUGGAUUUUUUUCGUUUACUAACAUAUCUUUUAUUUGAAAAAUUAUGUAAUUAAUACCCAUAUUUUUACAAAUAAUACUUAUUUGAUCGAUGAUAAAUAGCAAACGCCAGUAUAAGAAAUAUUUUUAAACGGUAUCUAUUACUUAAAAUGCAGUAUAUCAUUUCUGUAAGUUCUGUAUAAUGAAAUACGUGCGUUGUUCGUUGUUAAAACAAAGUUUUUUUAUGGCAUACUAGAACAUAAACACUGAACUUGAUUACUUGAAUAAAAAUAUGGAUGUAUUUGAAAUCGAAGAAUUAAAAAUUUCACAAUUUAUACCUUGUGAUGCGAUCAAUAUGAUUUUUAAUAAAUCAAUCUUUACUAAACGAA